AUGGACGACGAGGCCGAGGCGAAUGAGGUCCGUUCGCGCAGAUCUGUCAGCACCCCGCAUCAUCAGCAGGCCGCGGCAUCUCAGUCGCCCCCCACGAAAAAUCAGCAAUCGAAUCGAUUGCGAGGCGCGUCUUCGGGCAGCAGCGGCAGUUUCCUCAUUGACGCCCUCAAGAAGACCAAGAUGGGCAAGAAGCACAAGAAGCAGCUCAAGCAGCUGCUCGUCGACUCUUUGGACCAAGCCGCCGCCGCUACUCCAACGACUUCAUCUUCGUCAUCUGCGCCCCAAGUCCCACCCCACCUUAGCACCACCACCACCUCCACUACACCGUCGACGGCCUCUACUCGGCCGCAACCGCACCAGGUCCUGUCCAUCAGCCAGGGCACCGACCAGAGCUGGUCCGCCUCCUCCACCACGCCCCCCGCCCCCUUUUCCCUCUCCGAUGUGAGCGACAUGGAGCGCAAGUUUUUGAACACGAGCUUUGGCACGGACCGGUCCUCGUUCUCGGCCUACGACCGCCGCAGCAGCGCCGGCGUCAGCGGCGCCUCGACCCCGUCGUCGCCCUCCUUCUCGCCCGGCACCUCGCCCUCCUUCUCCUGCUCGCCGCUUCUCGCCGGCGUCUUUGCCGGCGCCACCGCCGACCGACGCGACAGUACCGACACCACCGGCGGCGGCGUCGGCGGCCGCCGCUCGUUCAGCGAAGAGGCCGCCGCCGGCUCCGGCACCACCACCACCAGCGCCGGCGGCGCCAAAGAAAAGAAAAAGAAGAAAAAGAAGAAAGAGGCGAAGAAGAAGGGCAAGCGCGAGCACAGGAAGAAGAGCUCGGAGUCGUCGGGCAGCAGGCUGCUCAUGUCGACAUCGCCGCCCUCAUCGACACUGCCGAUGCUGACGUCAUCACCGACGGUGUCGUCGCCAAUGACGGUGACGACGCCGAUGACGCCGACGACGGUGGCGGGCGGCGGGUACGGCGGGUAUGACCGGCAGCCGAUGAACAUCGACCUGGACAGUCUCAAGAAGAAGGUCAAGCCCAAGCGAUGCGAGGCCGACAUCUUCCGGGACGGCUUCCGCCACUUCCUGCAAAGCGGCGACUACUCCGAUCUCACCCUCGAGUGCGAGGGCAAGGAGUACCGGGUGCAUCGGCUGCUGUUGGCCUACUCGUCGGAGUACUUCUCGCGGCUGCUGCUGAGCAACUUCCAGGAGGGCCGGCAGACCUACAUCCACCUCCGCUUCCCCGACCCCGCCCACGUGUUCCCCCUCGUGCUCCAGGGCCACGUCACAAUUGCCGAGGACAACGUAAUCCCGCUCCUGGCCAUGGCCGACCACUACCUCGUUCAAGAGCUGCAGCAGAUGUGCAGCGACUUUGUCAACCAGACGCUGUCGCGCGACAACGCGCUGGCCCGGCUCAAGCGCGCCAUCGACUUCAACAGCGAGGAGGUGGUCCUCAAGUGCCUGUUCAUCACCGCCCGCAACUUCUCGCACGCGUCGCUGGGCAAGGCCGACUACACCUUCCUCCCGGUGGACAUCUUCAUGCUGCUCCUGCACCACCGCUACCUCGCCGUCAAGAGCGAGCAGCACCUGUUCAACACUGUCUGCACCUACGUCGAGGCCCACCGCGACGACCUGACCGAGGAGCAGAUCAACGAGCUCAUGGAGGCCGUCCGCUUCCGAUGGCUCUCCUACGAACAACUCGAAGAGCGCGCGCAUACUAAUGUGGAGUCGUUCCUCGAGGCGAUCAUCUCGGGCUAUCGCUUCGCCUACUCGGCCAACAACGACGUGCGCCUGCGAACUGGGCUGGGACCCACCGGCGUGAUGACGCGCAUCAUCAAGAUUGAGGUGACCGCCAUGAGCAGCUGCCUGCGCAUCCUCUUCACGCUCUAUUCCGAACCCGACGGCUCCGAGAAGAGGGAGGUCAGCGAAAAGAGGCUCACCCUGCUGAUCACCGAGUUCGCCGAAGAGUUCAUCCAGACGGCGCUCAACUCCUCUUCACCGUACUCGCAGUCCAAGGUGGGCCUCAUGGUGCAGAUCCUCCAGGGCAUCCUCCAGUUCGACGAGUCUCAGUUCGGCAAGCAUGUGCCGCUCCUCUACAGGCACUUUGUGGGCCUCAUGCUGAGCGAAAGGAAGGAGAUCCGCUCAGCCCUCCAGCCCAUCUUUGAGCGGAUCGGUCUCGCGCAUGGCCUCAUCACCGCCGCCGUUCCCUCCUCGCCCUCCCCCACCACCGAGGCCUCCUCUUCAUCCUCUUCGUCGUGA